UGUGCCGCACCUAGCUCCACCCGUCACUCGCCACCAACGACUGUUCUUUGGCAUCCAAACGCAAUGGCAAGGCAGCAAGUCCUCAUCACCACCCUCACCACCACCAUCAUCAUCGCCAUCCUCACAAUCUUGCAACACCCGUCAAUAGCUGCCACCCAGUACAUCACCUCGGGAACCCUGACCAGUGUUGUCCGCAUGAAUCGUACAUCCGGGGCCAUUCUGUCCGGAAGCGUGCCGCAUCUCGAACUCGACGUCGAGCACAACUUCCGCUAUGCUGCGUGCUUCCCGCUCUCAUCACCGCUCACCUCGUCAACUGGCCAUCUGCUAAUCGCAGAUGCUGCCAUCAAUAUUCCCUCGAGCAUCUCCCUCGAUCACUCCCCCACAGGCCUCGGCAUCGGCUACUUUGAUGUCACUGCUGCCCAGAAGGCGGGUCAUCCUGACGGCGCAGAGUGGACCACGACCGGCUCGCUCGACAACUUUAACUCGGAUCUUCUGGACUUUGGCGAGAUCCUUGACUCGGGUGGCUCUGCUGUCUCCUUUGCUGGUUCUGUUCUCGUCGAAGUACUGCAGCGCAUGGUCGACGCGCCUCGCUGGGGCGCAGGCACCGCCGCAGUUCUCCGCUUUGAAGAGCUUGGCGGUCUCUGUCCAUCUGGCAAUUGUUGUAUCAUGCAUGCCAGUGACAUUUCGCUCAAGAUCGGCUUCUACGAGGUCUGUCCCAAAGUCGCUCUCGUCAAUGGAGACGUCGCUGCGGAUGCCACAACAGGUGGCCCGAACGCUGCUGUCGGCGACGCCAUCUCCUACUCGUGCCAUCCGGGCUACGUCCCCACCUCAUCGACCACCCUCACUUGCCAAUCUUCCGGUAGUUACUCACCGCAAGUGAGUGCAGCCGGGUGCGCCCCAGAGCCAGCGCUGGCUCCGCCCCCAUCGCCGCCACCUCCAUCACACCCACCGCUGCCGCAAUCGCCACCGACGAUGCCACAAUCGCAAUCGACUUCGUCUAUCAUCCUCCAGGUCCACCCGGCAGCCGCGCCACUCAAUGGCGGCAUCCUUCUCGAAAUGUCUGCCGCCGGCGACGCCAACGCCUUCUUUGAUGCCUCUCUCUACGACAUCAGCCUCGAGUGUGAGCGGUGGCUCAGUCCCACGGCCGACGCACCCAUCAUCGCCACCAUCGCCACUGUAUCGCGUACCACUGAUGGAUCUCGCAUCAUCUUUGGCGCCUUUCCUUCCAACAAGACCGGCUACCAUGCUGUGACUCUCGUUCGCUCGCUCCGCGCUAAUUCGUCUGCGCCGCCGCAGCGCUUCCUCCUCCCGCGCGCCCUUGACUACAUCAACGGCCCGUGCAUUCACGUCGGCUUUGUCCUCCACGCCGCCGUCUGCCGACCCUGCUCGGACUUUGAUGGCGCCCACUGCCCCGGCGGCCGACGCAUGUGGCCACUCCCAGGCUUCUGGUCCGACAACGAGUACGAGCCGCCGACCCGAUGCCGCAUCCCGCACGCCUGUCCCGGCGCCGUCGGCGGCGCAGGUGCGCUUCCGCUCGCCACAUCAAAUGGCCGCCGCAUCACUGCCGUCUGUGCCGCUGGCUAUACCGGCCGCUUCUGUGCCGCCUGUGCACCCGGGUUUUACUCCGACAACGGCGUGUGCCGCUCCUGUGGCUCCGACUCAUCAAUUUACGCCGAGCUCACCGUUGUUGUUCUCGCCUUUGUCGCAUUUAUGGCGCUUGUUGCCAUUGCUCUCGUGGUUUUCUCCGCCCAGCGGCUAGUCAUGGUCGUCGCCGCCGUUGUUUUACUGCAGCAGUUCUCGAUGGCGCUCCGGAUGGGCUUCCAGAUGGUCUCCGAAUCAGAAGGCACGCCGGUGGUCGCCGCGCUCACCCGGCUCGCAUCGAUCAUCAACUUUGAGAUCGAGAUGCUGCGCCCGGGGUGCGCGGUCCCGCGCAUCCCGUUCUCCACCAUAUACUUUGGCACGCUCGCGCUGAUAGUCGGUGCAGGCUUUCUCUUUCUUCUCGCCGUCCUCCUUCGCCAGCUCUUUGCGCCAGGCACUCCGCGGCAUCUUGCGUCGGCGCCGAUCCAGGUUGCUGCCGAGCUCAAGAUGGCUGUCGCGCGCCGGCAUCGCUCGCGCUACGUUCAUGCAGUCAUCAUCCUCGGCACCCUUGCCUAUCUCCAGCUGGCUGUCCGUUCCAUCCAGGCCCUUCACUGCGUCAAAGCUGGCGAUGGUAAGCUGCGCCUUAACAUCGAGCUGACUGAGUUGUGCUACCACGGCAAGCACAUGACCGUUGCCCUCCUCGCCUGGGCCGUUCUCGUCCUUUUCUCGCUCGGCCUUCCCGUUUUUGUCGUGAUCAUUGCGCUCUCUCUCGCUCGCAAUGCAGCCAUUGGACCGCUUGUCCUUGAACGGUACGGCGUUUUCGUCCGGGGCCUGCGCGCCGGCCGCCUCUGGUUCCGCUCGCUUCAGCUCCUCAUCUCGUUUGCCUUUGCCGCCGAAUCAGUCCUCGUCAUCCAGCCGGACGCGCGCCUUUUUGCCGCUCUCGUCAACUUUGCCAUCAGCAUCCUUACCGUGGCCGUCAUCAACCCAUUCGCACCCCUUCACGCCUGGCUCUCGUACGGCGCUGGCAUUGCCUCAUGCGGUCAGAUCCUGUACUUUGUCUACACACACUCGCCGCUCCUUUACUUUGUGGGCGGACUCGGCAUCGUCACCUCGGUUGCUCUCUUUGCCGCCAUCAUUCAGAUCUGGCGGCAGCAAUCCGUGCACCAGGAGCAGCAGCUGCAGGACGCGCUGGCGAGCCGUCGGGUUGAUGUCGAGCCCAUCGAGAUGGCGUACACGCCAGCACUCUCGGCGCCGCCGUUGCGCGACGACAACACCAGUGACACCUUGGCGUUUGCUUCUGUGCCGAACAGUCCCCGCCGAUCCGCUCACCGGUCGCCAACUGAGCGGCGGAGCUCCAUCUCAGCCACACCUUCAGCCUCAUCCACUCGCCGUCGCGUAGUCUCGUCAUCGCCAAGGGCGCCUCGCGCCUCGUCUGCCUCGCAGCCGAGGCUGUCGAUCGAGUCGUUCCGUACCAUCUCCACCCGCCACGGUUCGCACAAGGUUAAGAAGCAGUCCAUGACCUCGCUCUCUGGCCUGGUCGAGGUUAUGGGCGAGUUGCAGAGUCUCAAUUCGCAGUCAACUCGAAACCAGCGCCGCCGCCGGCGCGUCCGUGAUGCAUCUCAGCUCCACCUCUCGCCCAGACUCGGCAGUGAUAGUAGCCGUGAGCGGUCCACCUCGCUCGCCAGCAUGCGCUCCAUUUCUGUCGCCUAUGACGGCACUCUCUCUUUGUCGAGGGUUCCACUCUCGGCGCGUGAUCCACAGCGGCCUACCGCUUACUCGAUGAGCCGCAACGCAACCAUGUCGCGGUCGGGCUCCCGAUCGAUUUCACGGCGGACCCGUCGACGAAAGUCGAUUUCAGGCUCUUCGAUGCGGUCGUCGGACUCACGUAUCUUUACUACUCCCUCCAAAACGACCGAGACCUCCGCCCGGCCCUCGCUCGCGCUCUCAUCCACGCUCAUCAUGCCGUCGACAUCAAACGCCGCCUCGGCGACUCCAGCGGCGUCGGCCCUCGGGCGUCCUCGCCAGCGCUCGUUCUUCCGCAGGCAGCGCUUCCAAGACCAGCCGUGGCUCCACAUCGCUCUCACCCGCGGACUUUGA